AUGCAACCAAACACCUACUUCACCACCACCCUGGGCGAAGCCCCCUCCCACCCACGCCCCUACCGCAGCGUCACCCACCUCCUCUCCACCCAAGCCUCGCAGAACCCCGACCUACCGGCGUUGGGCUUCUACCAGGUCCCCAAAACCUCCUCAUCAGCAGGAGCUCAAAGCUAUGGUGCUAAGACCCUCACUUUCGCUGAGGUGCGGGAUGCUGUAGUCGCUUCAGCAGCAUUACUGUCUAAGGUGCUGAGUGAAGUUGAGACGGGGCAGACGGUUGGGUUGUUAUCAGCGAGUUCGCCGGAGUUUUUGUUUGUUUGGCUGGGAUGUGUAUGGCUAGGUCAUCCGGUGCUGUUGAUAGCGCCUGAGUGCUCGCCGACGGGUGUGGCGAAUUUGUGCGCGGAGUGUGGUGUUGGGAUUCUAAUCGCUGACGAGCGGAAUGAAGGGGUGGGGAGGAAGGCUACGGAGGAGGCGGUUGAUGGGCAGAGGGUGCGGUUGAAGUGUGUAGGACUGCCGUUUAAGGGACGGGAUGUCUUCGACUUGCUGGAGGAGUGCGAGGAGAGGGUUGAUGCUGUGGAUGCCAAUGAAGUGGACGAUAUCGCCUACUUCCACCAUACCUCCGGCACAUCGACCGGAAAACCCAAACCGAUCCCUCAAUCCCACCACGGAGCAGUCGGCGUGCUCCCGGCGCUCGAUAGCAGGGGGCGUGCGACUUUCACCACCACGCCGCUGUACCACGGCGGGCCGGCGGAUACGUUCCGGGCGUGGGCGAGCGAUGCGAUGAUCUGGCUUUUUCCGAGUAGAGAUGUUCCGAUCACGGCUGGGAAUGUUGGGAAAUGUCUUGAAGCUUCGAAGGGAGCUGCGGAGAGCGGUGCGUGUCCGCCGGUGAGGUAUUUCGGCGCGGUGCCGUACGUGCUGCAGAUGAUGGCGGAGAGCGAGGAUGGGAUGGAGUGGCUUCGCGGUAUGGAGCUCGUUAGUGUCGGAGGAGCUGCAUUGCCGGAUGAGCUGGGCGAUAGUUUGGUCGAGCAGGGUGUUAAUCUAGUGUCGAGGUUCGGGAGCGCGGAGUGUGGAUUCCUUCUGUCUUCGCACCGGGAUUAUACGAAGGAUAAAGAUUGGCAGUACCUGCGACGAUCCGAGCAAUCGACGCAGCUCAGAUUCGAAGAACGGGAAGAUGGGCUCGCAGAGCUCGUCGUCCUGCCGAAGUGGCCGCACAAGGCGAAACGAAACCGCGAGGAUGGCUCGUAUGCGAGCUCUGACCUCUUCCAGCGACACAAGGAGAAGGAGAAUGCGUGGCGGUAUCAUUCGAGAGCAGAUGCGCAGUUGACCUUGGUGACGGGGUUGAAGUUCGAUCCUGCGUCGCUUGAAGGCGCGAUUACGGCGGCCUCGUCGCUGGUUGCUGAUGCGCUUGUGUUUGGGAAUCAGAAGGCGUAUCCGGGGGUUCUGCUUUUCCGGGCGAAGGAGGGUGCUGGCAUGUCAGACGAGGAGUUGAUCCGGGAGAUGGCGCCGGUGGUUGAGAAGUGUUGCUCUCAAGGGCAAUCGCAUGCGAGAAUACCGCGUAGUAUGCUUGUCCCGAUGCCGUAUUAUGAGCAGCCGCUCGAUAAAAGCAAUAAAGGGACUGUCCUGAGAGGCAAAGCGGAGGAGCGGUACGCUGAGCAGAUCUCAAGGGCAUAUGGUAAAGACGAUUACCAGCCCAACGGACAAUGCUCAGAUGACGAGCUACUUGACGUGGUAAAGAGCAUAGUCGCUCGCCCGCUUCCGGUCGAGAAGGAUGUUGACACCGAUGUAGACCUGUUCAAUGCUGGAGUCGACUCAAUGGCGAGUAUACAGAUCCGCAAGAACCUGCAGAAAUUGGUGCCCGAGGGUGCCGGAAGGCUUCCGACGACCGUUGUUGAGGACUGCGGAACGAUUAAAAAGUUAGUCGAGUAUAUCCUGCGGAUGAGGCAUGGUGGAGCCGAGCAGGCCAACGGCACGCAUGGCGAUGUCAGCGACCAAAUGCGCCAGAUGGUCGAGCAGUACAGCCAGUUCAUCCAACCACUCAAGUCAGCACCCAGCACCAACGGUGUUCAAUCUCACCUGAAUACAAGCAAGACAGUCAUCCUCACCGGCGCAACCGGAGCACUCGGCUCCCAAGUCCUCUCCCUCCUCCGAAAGGAUCCCUCAGUCUCCAAAAUCUACUGCCUCGUCCGAGGCGCGGACCAGCAUGCCGCACAAGAACGCGUCAGCAAAGCCCUAUCCCAGCGACUCCUCCCUCCCCUCUCUACCCAAGAUCCCAAAGUCGCAGUCCUCCAAUCCACCUUUGCAGCCCCCCAACUCGGCCUCGACGCCUCCACCUACACCCAUCUGACGCAGGAGACGACGACGAUAAUGCAUCUAGCCUGGUCCGUCAACUUCCGCCUCCAACUGCCGAGUUUCGGCAAAGACGUCGCUGGAUUGCGGAACCUGAUCAACCUGGCUUUAUCGUCUGAACGGCAGGAAGCUCCGCACGUGCUGUUCUGCAGUUCGACGGCGAGCGUGAUGGCGUAUCCCGGCGGCAACGUGAUACCGGAGGAGGUUAUCGGCGAUCCGGCUGCAGCGUCUGAGACGGGGUAUUCAAGGAGCAAAUGGGUCGCUGAACACGUCUGCGCCCACGCGAGCGGGGAGGAAAGGCUGCGCGGCAGGGUGUCGGUUUGCAGAGUCGGGCAGUUAAGUGGGGAUAGUAGGACUGGGGUGUGGAAUUCGAAGGAGGCGUGGCCGUUGAUGUUGCGGACGGUGAAAUUGCUGGGUACGCUGCCGGAUCUGGGGGAUGAGGUGUUGGAUUGGUUGCCGGUGGAUUUUGCUGCGAGGGCGAUGGUUGAAGGCGCGAAGGUUGAGGAGGGGGAUGAUGGGGGGUUGAGGGUGUGUCAUGUGUUGAACGAUCAUCGGAGGCCGAGUUGGAGGGAUAUGCUUGGGUGGUUGAGGAAGAAGGUGAAGUUUGAGACCGUCAUGCCGGCACAGUGGAUGAAGCAGCUGGAGGGGGAGGCGGAGAAGGGCUCGGGGCAUCCGGGGUUGCAGUUGCUUGACCACUGGAAGAAAGCUUAUGUUGAUGCUGGUGAAGACGGGAAGAGUGAAGAGCCGGCCAGAUUCGAGAUGGAAAAGACGAGGAACCUGAUACCGACCUUGCAGAGCAUACCCGCUGUAGAUGAAGCGUACUUUGGCAAGCUAUGGGAGAGCAUGGAGCGGGAUAUGUGA